AUGGCCGACGCUGAAGAAGGAGGAGAUAACCCAGAUCAAAUCACCAUCCGAGUCAAGGAUCAGGCUGGAGAGGAGACAUUCUUCAAGAUCAAAAAGACCACCAAAAUGGGAAAAGUCUUUCAAACAUAUGCGCAACGAAAGGGAAUGCAAGUCUCUUCGCUUCGUUUCCUUUUGGAUGGGGACCGCAUCAAGGAUGAUCAAACUCCAAAGAUGUUGGAGAUGGAGGAUCAAGACCAGAUAGACUGUGUUUUGGAUCAAGUUGGAGGGUUUUAG